GGCUUCGGUCUCGCUGGUGCAGAACCUGGUAUUGACCCGCGCAGGCAGUCCGCAGAUCUGCAUUACGCGCACAUUCGUGAGCGCUGCGAGAUCCAAAUCGCCGACUAUAGUACCUUGAGGAGUAGCUUUGGAAAAUAUGGAUAAUGAGCGUUUUGUACAAAUGUUAAAUGAUAAGAGAAGUUCGGAGAGGGAGCCAUGGGUGAAGGUGAGGUGGAUAAACGUGUGCGGCAUCAGCUGGGAUGUGAUGAGUGCGCUUGCCCUGAAGUAUGGCCUUCACCCGCUCGCCCUCGAAGUUGUCCUGCACAAACACGGACAUACGCGCUCCAAAACGGACUACUACAGUCAACACCUCUUUAUCCAUGUCUUAUCUCACACACUCGCUUCCUCCUCAUCUCCAAACCCCUACACACCAGAAGGCAGAAGACCCACCACUGAGCUCCUCACCAUGUCCAAUGACGCCAGGGGACUACCACAAGGAGUAUUUCAAGGAUGACGGUGUCCAUGCAGAUGCUGGGGAUGAAGGUAGCACGAUGUAUAGUGGCAGUGCUCCUGCAACCUGGCGACUUGGAAGCACUAUCAGGAGCAGAACGUCAGCGACAGCUGACAUGGAAAGUGUGGCAAGGGCCAGGGAGGAUGGAUUAAUCCCGCUAACAUCCGCUACGCGGAAAGACAGAUCCAAAACACGGGACGAUCAUCAACUGAGAAAUACAAAUUAUAUAAUUCCACAUUACAACUUUGUUGUACAACAAGACGUCACGGUAGGUCAUAUGUACCUACAGUACUAACAGUAUGCACAACCCACACCAUGACCCAACUUGAAGAGCUUCCAAUUAUCAACGAUGUGAUAAACCUCUAUAGGCUUCAUAACCAAAGUCUCCGCCCUGUUAUCGGGUGGGUUGGCCGACUUCUUCAACACGAAGGCUACUUGCCA